GUUAGUAAAAAAAAGAAGGAAAUGAGAAAUUUAAUGGCCUCCAAAACAAUUUUGAACUUUAAAGAUUCAUCGCCCGAGGGACAUAUCAAAAUCAGUGAAUUCUCUCAUUAUCACGGCUCUAACACCAUUUUACUUAGUUGCUCUCUAUGUUCACGAGCGUUAAUUUUCGGAAGUCAGUGUUCACAUGCAGAAGUUGUAGCCGCUAGCAUACUCUGCCACUUCAGCACUUGUUUUUCUAAUUUUAAAUUUAUCUUCCUCGCCUUAAAAACCAAAGCGAAAAAUUCCCCAUCAAUUUCAAAUAUUACAUUCAUAUAUUUUUCAAGCCAAUAAAGCAUAUUUUGAGAGACUACAAUCCGUCAGCUUACAAAAAACUAACGGAACUGCAUAUGUAUAUUCAUCGCAAAAUGGGCAACACCGGUCUAUUGCUCAUCUUCAGCGUCUGCCUUAUUACAUUUCAGCAAACGGAGGCGCUGCGCCGCAUCAAACGCGGCUCUACCGUCUCGCAAAACAAAACCAAGCUUUCCAGUGAACUUCUUUCGGAUAUGCGCAAUACUUCGAACGACGUGCAUUUUAGUGGACACACAAUGACUGCCCUAGACAGCCAGGAGGGUAUAAAAGGCCGCAAUGAGCACACCUGGGCCAAAAAAGCUGUGGCCGCCGUUGAGCAUGCUAUCGAUCAAGCGUUUGCUUCACUCAGUCACAAGUCCGAUGAAGAAAAGGCGAAAAAGAGCGCACACAAUCCAAGCAAGCCGAAAGAUGGCAGCAUCGCCGGCAACGAUGUGCACAUGGCUGCUCUAUCCCAUCUCCUAGCUAAGCGUGGCAUCGACUCACGCAUUUUCGAAGAUAUGCAGCGCGACGCUGAAUUUGCUUCCGGCGAAGGCCCCGCAGAAAUGCUAAUAAUUGACAAUGGCUUCAAACCGAUGAUGGGCAUGCAACAUGGCAUCAACUCUUAUGCGUUGCAUCAGCCCAACUUACGAAGCGUCGCCAGUAGCCUCAAACACUUCGCCGAGAUUAGCAAUGAGUCCAAGUUAAACAAUCUGCAUAGUCCAAAACUAACUCCGUACACCUCCGACAUAAACGCCGACGUUAUGUCCAUUAAGCAUAGCAACGAUAACGGGAUUAGUGAGUUGAAUGGAAACAAGGAAGUUGCCGUGGUCAAGAGCAACAAGCGCAGUGAUAACAAUGAUGAUGACAACAGAGGCGAGUACAAAACGGUCGACAACCACAAGCGAGACAAUGACCAUGUGACGCACACAAUUGGAGCGCAUAAUGGUGAAGUAAAGUACAAUAGCGGUAACAACAGUAACAACCAUAUUAAGAGCAAUAAUGAUGAGCUUAUCGCUGGCAAAAGUCAUUCCACCAAUACUCUACAACAACACAGUCAACAAUUGCAGCAGCAAAAACUACAAGAACAACCGCUGGAAAGCAAGGAUUCAUUACCUUCAUUAUUAUCGCAUUCGCACCAGUUGGUAGAAGGCAUAGAAGCACCGAACAAAUUGCAAGAGGUAUCAGAGGGUCUACAACAACGAAAUAAGCACGAAAGCGUCAAAUCAGUGGAGGUUGGAAACACGCACAACAUGCAGCAAGCGACCGCAUUGGCAACGCCUCACCAGCAGCAAUUGCAAUUCGUUAAACAUUCCAACGGGAAAAUGAUGCCAAUGGAAAGCUUUCUCAAGUUCGCAAAUAUGAUGCUUUAUAAAGUAGGAGCCGAUGGCAUUCCAAUGCAUGCGCAGGGUGCUCAACUCGCUCUAAGCGGCAAUCCCACAACAUCUGUCAUAAGCAUUGGCCCAAUUGUGGAUGGUGCUGAAGAGGCAGGUGCUAUGGAUUACCUCUAUAACCCAUUCGAGCCCCAACUAAACUUUUUACGCAACCCAGGAUCAUUCGUCGCUCCGCCUACCCUAAUGGGCGCUUCAGCCAAUAGGGCUUUGGUCUCGCGUCCCUUCUUGCUGCCCCCAUACAGUUUAGCGAGUCCUAACCAACCUAUCAAUUUUAUCGAGAACGCUUUAGAUCUACUGUUAAAUGCAGAAGAGGAAGGAAAUGAUGAAAUGGAAUUAGUUUGCCCCAUACAUCACCCGAAAAAGAAGUCCAGCGAUGGCGAUGUAGAAGCAAAGGACAAGGAUGGCGUUAUACAAGUGUGUUCAUGUCGCUUCUUCAAAAAGAACAAGAACUAACACUGCUCACAUGAAUGUACUUUUGAUGUGAAUAUAUUUUAUACGAGGCUAUCGUUCAGAUCCUCAACAUUCAAUUCAAUGCAAUAAAUAUAUUUGUUCUUUAUAUUUAAA